AUGUGGGGCCUGAAACUGCCGUCUGCUUUGAAACAAGCAGAAACGAAAAAAGUUCCCUCUUCAUCAAUUCCAGGAUUUUCGAAAUGGUUUGCCAAGGAGAUGUACACGGAAACAGAGCUGAUGAAAGUGGCUGUUGAUCGUGUUGGCAGAUGCUUUGGUGAGCAGAAUGAGUGGAUCAACCAGGUGAUGGAAGAUUUCAGCAUUCUAGAAAAGAUGAAAGAUGAAACGAGACGCGUUGAUUUUAAAGAUGACGCGCAGAAAGAGGCAAAACGUGCUCAGAAACAAGAUAUUGAGCACAAGAAACGGAGGGACAAUGUUCAGGACAAGAUUAGAAAGGUCACAAACAAUAUAAAGGCGCAACUAAACAGCCAAACACACACAAAUAGUGCUACUGCGGACAAGAGUACUUACAGGAAGGGAAAUAACGUGAAAGAGACAAAUGCUGUAUCCAGGGAAGGGGUGGAAACAAGUGGAAAGGCGUUAGAAAAACAGAAAGAUGAUGAGACUCAGGAAAAACACGAUGAUACUGGAAAAAAAGAGACGCCAAGUUUGGAAAAGCCGAUGGAAACGGAUUCUAAGCCCUCGGAAACAGUAUUUAAGCCAAUGGAAAUGAAGUCUAAGCCCUUGAAAACAGAAAUAACAACAAAUAAAGCAGCUGCGUCUGCUGGACCAAUCAAAUUGGAGGAUGAGCUUUCAAGGGAAAUAAAGAAAGAAGAAAGAUCCAGUGGCAGUCUUGAGGAAUUUACAUCGUCUUCUAUUUCAUCGUUGCAUGCAGCACCUACGUCAUCUUCGCCGAAACAGGCAUCAGCGCGAUCCUCUUUUGGAUCGGGUGGAAGCAAUCGUGCGUCUAGUGCAACAGGUGCUACAACAACAAAGGAAGACAAGGAUGCCGUUUUCAGCGAGGAAAAGGGUACGACAAGGCAUGCAAGUGACAAAAUACAGGAAGUAGAGAGUGAUUCUUCGUUUGAGGCGAUUAGCAAAAACAUAAGACAGUCUUUUGCGGUGGGGAAAACACAUAAAAAUGCAGAAAAAGAGAAAAUGCAAGACACAGAGACGGAAAGAAGGCGGCAGAAAGCCUUGAAGGAAUCAGAAUGGGAAAGAAAGCUAUUCCAGGAGGAAGAUAAGCGGGACAGAGAGCAGAUUAAAGAGAUAUCGCAUCUUAUCGAGGAAGAUAGCGAUGACUUGCUUUUAAGCGAUUUGGAUGAUGACGUGGCGUUAGGGAAACUUGAGAAAAUCGAGCUUUCGGACAUCCGGAUACCAUUAAAGAGUGCGGAUGAGGGCACAAGCAUACCAAAAGCACCAAAAAAGGGUGUGACACCUCUGAAUUCACGCUCACCAAUCAAAUUUGCCGAAAUGCCGUCGCGAUCUCCGCUAAAAGUGCGUUCGGUGAAGCGGAAAUCGAGCCGGAAGACGAUAAAUGGCAAAAAAAGCACAGGAACGCCGUUUUCUAGAAGUUCUAGAAAGCGUUCUACAGCAAUUACAUCUCCGGCUUCGUUUUCUGCAAAGAAAAGACGCGUUUCAAGCAUAAACAAACGUGCAACAGCCACAUUUGGAAGGUCUAUGAUCGAUAGAGCCGGUCCUUCUCCAUUUGUAGAUGAAGAUCCGGCAGUAUUGAGGUCAGAAAACAGAUCAGGCGAAAAGAAGAAAUUUGUUCUUGGUGUUCCUCCAGCUGUUUUUGUCCCGGAGGGAGUUAGAGCGGAUAAUGAGGAGCCAACUAUCCGGAUAGAGAGAAGCCGACUUACAAUUAGAAGCAAGCGAUUGGCAGAGAGGAAAAGUGCGAUGAGGGAAAAUGUGAGUGGAGGAAUAAAUGAAAAAAAUGGGAGAGAAGGAGAAGAAGGAAGGGAUGAAAAAGAAGAAAGAAAUGAUAGAGAUAAAAGAGAAGAAAGAGAAGAAAUAAAUGAUAGAGAUGAAAAAGAAGGAAUACAUGAAAAAGAAGAAAUACAUGAAAUGGAUAAAAGAAAUAGAAUAAAUCCAGAAAAUAGAGAAAGAAAUGAUCCUAUAAUUGAGCAAAUGAAACAAAAUGAAAACUUGUCGCCUGUAAGAAAACCCCAAUUCCAAAAACAUGUCUAUAGCAGCAAACGAAAAAAGAAGGAGCUGUUGCAAAUGGAAAACGAGCAAAUACAGAAAAUGCAGAGCAGAAAAAUACCACUUACCGAACAAAGCCUUAGACCUCCAACUCUGGAUAUUGGAUCUUCCAGCACAAAGAGUACCGAAAACUCGUUUAAAAAGAAGAAAGAGAUGCUUUUACAUUUGCAUAUGGAGCAGAAACUGAGAAGAGAGCGGCAUAUUGUGGCGGGAAAAAACAAGAAUGCGGCAUUUAAGUCGACAGAGCGGAGUUUCUUGGCUAAUAUUGCUGUCGGAGAUUCCAGAAUGAAUAGCAAAAUGGAUCAGAAAAGUUACGAAAAGGAUAUUCUUGGAAAAAUCAAAGUGGAACCGAUUGAAGAUCCAAAUCUAGUCCCGGUGGUGGACGAUACGAGUCGAUUGUCCACCCAAUACGUCGCCCAGUGGGCAUCAGCCUCAAACUUGAAGACUCAGCUAAUGAAACAAUCGAAAAUCAACCCGACAAGGAUUUUCGGACAAGUUUCAAAAGUUGACUGUAAUGAGAUUUUUGGCAAAAGAUACUACGGAAGCUUAAAUGUGAAAUGGCAGGGGGAUGAUGGACUGAGUGUGAGAGAGAUGGAUGCUUAUGAUCGCAGAAUGGGCUGGAAACAGUAA